CAUUUUAGGAGAAACCAUUGUCCAGGUCAUUGCAAAGAGGUGAAGAUUUACAGUUUGAUCAGGUGAUUAGCUCGAUGAGCUCAGUAGCAGAACACUGCCUUCCCUCUCUACUUCGCACCUUGUUUGACUGGUACAGACGGCAGAAUGGAACAGAAGAUGAAUCCUAUGAAUAUAGGCCACGGUCAAGUACAAAAUCAAAGGGGGAUGAACAACAUCGUGAUAGAGAUUAUCUGCUUGAGCGAAGAGAUUUAGCUAUAGAUUUCAUUUUCUGUUUAGUUUUAAUAGAAGUUUUAAAACAGAUUCCUCUUCAUCCAGUGCCAGAUGCUUUAGUACAUGAAGUUCUAAACUUAGCUUUUAAGCACUUUAAACACAGGGAAGG